CCUCGCUGUCUCUAACACAGUAUCACACCAUCUACCUAUCAAGGAUUAAGUUAUAUAUAUCGCCAGAACUUGUACUUAACAACCUCGUUCUUUUCCCACCUCAUGGAAGACAGGAGCUCGAGACCCGCUUUUACUUACCCAGCUCCAUAGCUUUGAUUGGUCAUCUGCACGGUCGCAGCCUCGUCGCGAGAAGUUUGGAGCCGCGCAAGGGCAUUGACUUCUAACAACUCCAUCGCAAGUCAUAUCGUGAAUUGCGCCACGCCAUCCCUUCACCUUCUCAAAGUCAACCCAUCUUGGCUUUUUCAGCACGUUGUAUGACUCUCAACGCGCAUAUCUGGAGAUCAUCAAUCGCGUAAUCAGAUAUACUAACACGCCUGAUAUCGUCCAUCGCGACGCUCGCCCACUAUGGCACAACCGGAUCCUAGCCAGGGCGUCCCUCAGGACCUUAUGCCCCACGUCCAUCUGAUCUCUUCCUUUCGAUACCCUGUGAUGCCUCGACUUGACCUAAAUGAGGUUGCUAAAUGGCUUAUGGCUGCACCACAAGUCGCGAGAGACCGGGCGCCCUUUUUCUGGACAUAUCUCGAUAAACCUACAGACGGCACGAUACUCUUGACCUGGCAGCCCCUUCAGCGGUUGGGAACGAACUUCGCAACGGAUGGUUAUGUCUGGGCGCCUCCAGAACAGGUCUACAAGCAUGAUCUGGGCAAUGGACUGGUAAGGACAAGACGAGAAUUGCACAAAGGGACGGCUUGCUGAACCUCACUAGAUGCUUGAGAUUUACUAUCAGAAAGCUGGUUACAUUCCCGGCGAGCAGUAUGCUCUCCACGCCCGUCGACGAUGCCGACUAGUCCCUAUCCCUGGCCAUCCUAAUCCUCCUCAACCAGACGUCGGCCUCUUCAUUGUGCAUUACGGACCUGCCGAGCCGAAUGACAGAGUUCCUGUCUCCAUGAUUCCCUUUGACGAAAGAGUCAACAGCAUCAUGCAGCAGCGCCACUUUUUGCAGCGCGCUGGCCAGAUUCGUCGCAAGGAAUUCAUGUUAUCUGACCGAGUCAACUGGCCCACCCUGCCUGAUCUCACCCGUCAGCCAGUGCCUCCCCAGAUGGCCCCUCGGGGCGUUCCUCAACAGAUGGCAUAUCCCACACAACCCGCACCGGGUCCUCCUGCUAAACGAGCGAGGCACGCUGCGGGCCAGAGUGGCCAACCCCCCGUACCAGGAAUGCCUCAGCUAGACGCUGCCUUCGACGAUGAAGAGGAUGUUUCGCGGGGAGAUAUGUUUGACCAUCUUACUCCAAGAGAGAUUUCUAUGAGCCGAUACCAGCAGAACCACGAGUGGAUGGAAGAGAUCCUCUCGUCUCCUUAUAGGAUAAGCCAGAUCACCCCUGCCGAUUUAAACCUCGGUUUCAAGGGUGAAUUGGCAUACUUGACCGAAGGCAUUUUUCCCGCGCAAGGAGUUGACGCCUCCAAUUCCGUGCCUGAGAAGCCGUAUAUCGGGCGGCUGGAUCCCGAAAAGGCCGAUGAAUUUCGCAAGCGAGUCCAUAAUCACAUUGAGUCAACCAAGGCCGAGAUAGAGAAGAUGCAGGCCGACCAUGCCGCAGCUCUUGCAAAGUUCAAGGAAACUUCCAUUCUCAGCACAAAGGAGAAGGAGCUCCGAAACACUGUCGAGGGUACAGGCACUGAGAUUUGGCGAAUUGAGGGCAAGGUUAACCCCCACGACGAGGAUGCUGUUGCUCGUCCCGUCAGUUCGAAAACCGUCGAACAGAUAGUGUCUGAAGUCGAAGCUGCUACGGGUAAAAAGGUUGAUACCAAGCCGACGGUAUCUCGUGUUCAAGAUGGAGGUUAUCAGCCACCAGCACCAGAACCCGUUCAGGCUGACGCUUCGCAACUAUCUCGUCAGCCUUCGCAAUCUGGCUCACAGAACAGCGGCAUCAUGAUUGGCGAAUCUGAUAUCGAUAUGGGUGGCACUGCUGCUGGAUUACUGGAUCAGAUGCAUACUGGCGUUUCCAACACCUCGACACCUCUGAACAACUUUGGAACUCCUCAACCUCCUUUGUCAGCGGCUCAGUCUGGGGCCGGAACACCUUCUAAUGCCACCGCAGUUGGUUCGGGCGGUGACGUGACGAUGGGCGGAACUCAGGGACCAAAGGAUCACACAACAGCGCCUGAUCAAGGAACUGGCAGUGGGGAUUGGGUUGUUGUGCCCAAAGAUGGCACUGUGAACGAAGCGAAUCAGGGCACUGGCUCGGAUGCCGUUUCGGUCAACGCAAACACACCCACUACUGCAGGAAUUGAUACUGCCAAGUCAGUGGCUAAAACUGCUUCUGCUGGUGCCACCCCAGCAGCUGGAACACCCGGCGGUUCUGUUUCCUUUGACCAAAACGACUUUAGCUCCCUUGGUGACCUUGACACAGCAGGUGACGCUCUUAACUUUGACGGCCCUACGUUAGACGGUGCAGCAGGCGAGCUGGGUGAGGGUCUAGAUCUCAGCAUGGACAUGGACGAUUCAGCAUUUGGAGACGCUUUUCAUGGCGUCGAAACCUCUGGAACUCCCCAGGGUCAGGAUAUGUAGAACACACCCCUGCAUGGUGAGCCGGAGGAGGAUGAAUUUUAUUGAAAAAGGGGGAAGAAUGCUUUUACUGACGACUGGAAUUGGUUCUCAAGACGUCGGAGAAUGGCGCGCCUUUGUUAUCAUAGGGAGUUUUCUUUUCCUUUUCUUCGGCAAUAGGGGGGCUACAGGACUUGCUUUUUGUUCAGAGUUUUUAGGUACUGACUUGGGUCAUCAAGGCCCGAUGUAGGACAUUGAUUAUGCCUACGGAAUAGGAAAGUAGCUUGUAGACUAGAGGCAAGUAAAAUCUACAGUUGAAUAAUUAAUAUGGUCUGUCAUGUACAUAUGUACUUGAUUUUAACAUUAUUUGGCCUUGUGCUAGCAGAGACCCUUAUUAUAGCUGAACUUCGGAUAGCAAAACCGAGCUUAUUAUGAUUGAAUUAUACUACGC